AAGGUCCCUUCCACAAAAGUUGCUAAAAGCCUAAACUAUUAUCCGAUUUACAUCAAUCCCAGCUUGUCAAUUGUCAUUGUUCCUUCCUUGUACACAGAUUGAACAAAAAUGCCGUUUGCCGGAGACCGGAAGCACCGCCGGGUCCUCCGGUCAACCCCUCUCCUCCCCCAAAAUCUUCAUAACAACGACGACGAAUACGCUGCUGCCCCAUCGGAGUCUGGAUUCUCUGGCGCCUCUUUUUCUGGGGCCGUCUUCAACCUGUCAACGACCAUUGUCGGUGCUGGAAUCAUGGCCCUCCCAGCCACUCUGAAGCAGUUAGGAAUGAUUCCUGGUCUUAUUGUCAUAAUUUUGGUCGGCAUCUUGACGGAAUCUUCGGUAGAUAUGAUACUUAGGUUCAGUAGAGCUUCCAAGUCCAAAUCAUACGCCGCCCUAGUUGGAGACGCCUUUGGUGGUGCCGGAAGAACUUUGUUACAGCUCGGCAUUGUCGUUAAUAAUGUCGGAUUGCUCGUCGUCUACAUGAUCAUCAUUGGUGAUGUACUAUCUGGAACAUGGUCCGAAGGGGAACACCAUUUAGGAGUGAUGCAAGAAUGGUUUGGUCAACAAUGGUGGACUACACGUUCUGUCUUGCUGCUUCUAACAACCCUCCUUGUUUUCUCUCCUCUGAUAUCUUUUAAACGUGUAGAUUCAUUAAGAUACACAUCAGCGUUGUCGGUGGGUUUAGCAGUUGUAUUUGUGGUGAUGACGGGUGUAGUAACGGUCAUUAAAUUAAUGAACGGAAGCAUCAGAAUGCCACGUUUGCAGCCACCUGAGCUUGGUGACGGGGCAUCAUUCUUGAAGCUUUUCACAACGGUUCCUGUAUUGGUGACUGCCUAUAUCUGCCACCACAAUGUUCACCCGAUUGCGAACGAGUUAAAAGAUCCAAGCCAGAUGAAGUCGAUAGUGAGGACAUCCAUCAUGGUGUGUUCGUCGGUGUAUGUGGCAACCAGCUUUUUUGGAUUCCUGCUGUUUGGUGAUGACACACAAGACGAUGUGCUUGCAAGUUUCAAUGGGGAUCUUGGAAUUGGGCAUUAUAGCUGGUUCAUCAAUGAUGUUGUGAGAAUAAGCUACUGCCUCCAUCUCAUGCUUGUUUUUCCCGUUGUCUUUUUCUCCUUGCGCCUCAAUGUGGAUGGCCUUCUUUUCCCUGCUACUCAUGCAAAUGCAAAACCCAAACCCAGACUCCCUAUUGCUUUUGACAAUCCCCGGUUCCUUUUCCUCACGGCCUGUCUCAUGGGUUUUGUUUUUCUUGGAGCAAAUUUUGUGCCCAGCAUUUGGGAUGCCUUCCAGUUCACGGGUGCCACAGCUACUGUCUCUGUUGGUUUCAUUUUUCCUGCUGCUGUUGCCCUAAAAGACACUCAUGGAGUUGCAACCAAAAAUGACACCAGACUCUCAUGCCUCAUGAUAGUAUUAGCUCUUUCAUCCAGCAUCAUGGCAAUCUACACUGACAUUUAUGCCGCCUUCUUCUCAUUACCAACAACAAACUAACCAAACUCUCAUCCAACUCUACAUAACUUUACUUUGCUUUAUCAUCUUGCAGCAAUGGAAGCUCAAAAGGGU